AUGGGGCGGGCUUCUCUCGAGGACCAACCUCAAGUAGAGUCGAUCCAGCUCGAUACGACCACUCCGGGGGAUUCGUCUCUCUCCCCGGACAUCGCCUCAGAGCAUGAGCAUGAAUCUGUCUCGCUUCCUCCCGUCGAUACGGGCAAAGACGCAAUGCUCUUCUUGACGGCUUGCUUCAUCAUCGAGUGUCUUGUUUGGGGCUUCCCCUUUGCCUUUGGUAUUUUCCAAAACUAUUACAGCACCCAUGAGCCGUUCAAGGGCUCUUCUAGCAUUGCCGCAAUCGGUACAACUGCAAUGGGAACCAUGUACCUGUCCGCCCCCUUUGUCUUCCCUCUCAUGAGACUCUAUCCCAAGCAAAACCGAUAUGGUCCUACCGCAGGCCUCCUCAUCAUGUGCACAGCUCUUGCACUGAGCUCCUUCUCACAGGCUGUCUGGCAUCUGAUCCUGACCCAAGGCGUUCUCUUCGCCAUUGGCGGUUCCAUCUGCUACGGCCCCUGCAUCAUCUACAUGGACGAGUGGUUCGUCAAGCGAAAGGGCCUGGCCUUCGGGGUUAUGUGGUCCGGCACCGGGUUGGGCGGAUUCGCGAUCCCAUUGCUGCUCGAGUUCUUGCUGGGGCGAUACGGACUGCGGACGACGCUUCGCAUCUGGGCCGUUGCCCUGUUCGUGUUGACCAUUCCCGUGGUGUACUUUGUGAAGCCACGACUCCCGGUGUCUGCCACGGCACACUAUAAGCCAUACAAGCUGGGCUUUUUGUUUGACCGCUCGUUCCUGAUGUACGAAGUGGCCAACAUUGUCGAGGCCCUGGGAUUCUUCAUGCCUGGCCUUUACCUGCCGUCCUACGCCAGCUCCAUCCUCGGCUCUGAGCCGUUCCCCGCUGCGCUGACCAUUCUGGCCGUCAACGUUGCCUCCGUGUUUGGAUGCAUCGCCAUGGGAGUCUUUGUUGAUCGAUUCCACCCCACUACGUGCAUCAUGAUCUCAACGGUGGGCACAGUCAUCGGAACAUUCUUGCUGUGGGGAUUUGCGACCAACAUGGCCGUGUUGUACAUCUUUUGCGUCAUCUACGGCUUCUUCGCCGGAUCCUACACGUCGACUUGGACCGGCGUCAUCAAGCAGGUCACGUCCAAGCCGAGUUUGAACGGAGGAUCUGCGUUCGAUCCAGUCAUGAUCUUUGGGUAUCUCGCGGCUGGCCGAGGCAUUGGCAAUGUCGUAUCUGGACCUCUGAGCGAAGCCUUGGUCAAGGGCAUGUCGUGGCAGGGACAGGCUGCGGGCGGCUAUGGAAGUGGUUAUGGCCCGCUGAUUGCUUUUACUGGAGCCACGGCCGUGGUUGGGGGCACAUCUUUCUUGUGGAAGCGCAUCGGAUGGAUGUGAUUUCUAGGUAGCGGAAGAUGUUAGCAAAUAGAAACUGCUCGCUUGAGCCUAGUGAUUUUC